AUGGCACCCUCAGCGGCGACCAAGCCGCGCAAGGCGAAACCGACACCAAAAACCGUCGCAGACUUCACCAUUCUUCCCCUCACCCUCACCGCACUCCCCGGCCUCCUCGCGCACUGCAAUGAUGCAAAACACUACAUCUACGUCAAACCGCACUCACCCAGCAUACCGACCGCCUCGGACGAGCGCAGCCUCUUCAUCACAAACGUACCCAUGGACGCAACCGAAAGUAACAUGCGCGCGCUCUUCCAGGAACAACUAGGCGGCUCCAUGGUCGAGCGCGUGGAUUUCGACGCCAGUGUACCCGCACAGCCCAUACACAAGCGGUGGAAGAGCUCCCAGCCCGCCGCUACUACAGAAGACGCAGAACAGCGGGGCAAGAAGCGGAAAAGAAACGACGACGCAGCCGUCAUCGCCGAGGGUGUAGUCGAAGACGCAGAGUCAGCGCUUCCCCAGCUGUGGAACCGCGAGGUGAGGAAAAGCGGGAGUUCAGCCGUUGUCGUCUUCGUAGAUAAGAAGAGUGCAAGGGGAGCGUUGAGGGAAGUACAAAAAGCUGUCAAGGAAGGCAAGACCGUGAGCUGGAAGAGUAAAGGAGAAGGAUUAGGCGUUGAACCCCGCUCCAUCCCCGACGAAGAUGGCUUCGUCGCCGUUGUCCGCGGCGGUCGCGCCGGCCCCGCUAGACUGGAAGACGCAGAGCGCAAGAAAGCAGAGCUGGAUGAGAGGAAACGCAAUCAUAGGGCUACGGAUGACUUUUAUAGAUUCCAGAAUAGGGAGAGGAGGAAGAGGGCGGAGGGGGAACUGAAGAGGAAGUUUGAGGAGGAUCGGAGGAGGGUGGAGGGGAUGAGGGGGAGGAGGGGGGUUGUGAGGCCGGAGAUUUAG